AUGCUGGCGAAGUACGGAGGCAACUACACACUGGCGGAAUGGACCGCAGACGACGUGGAAAGAGAGAAGUAUGUGUACGCGGGCUGCACCAAUCAGGACAAAGCAGGCUUGGGCUUGACGCAGCAAUAUCUCAAGUUUGCACGGGCGCUCGAGCUGAUGAGCAAGCACGAAGAGGCAGAAGGUCAGCGCUUUGCCAUGGUGGUGAGGAUUCGGCCUGACAUCAUGUACAUCGGCAGUGUGGCCCCGGCUCUCCGAUAUCGCCUUCAAGAAGCAACGGCGCCUGUGAACUCCACGGUGCCGUUUGCGUGUGGCUCGAUUGGUGGUGGAGGUGGUGACGCUCUUUUAAUGAUGGACAGGGCUGCAGCCACCAUUCUAGGCAACGUUUGGCGCUCGCUUCGUGGUUGCCGCUUGGAGGGUGUUGAUGUGCCUCAUUUGCAACAAGCCUCAUGCUUACUGGGAUCCCAGCGUGGCUGGAGCGGAAGGUAA